AGAGUCCUAAUAACUAUUGAUAUAAACAUAAACAACGUCUCUAUGACACAUCGAAAUAAAUAAUAACAUAGCAAAUAUUAUUAAUUAAUUGGUUCCAAAGUCGAAUCAUUUUCAAUGUAGAGAAAGGGUUACUCAAUGAUGUUAGUGAAACUAAUUUUAUCUGCAAAAUCGAGCAAAAAGGAUAAAAACAACACAUGAUAUAAAGUAAUGGCGCUGUCAUGCACGCAAAAGCGGAAGUAAUUAUACUAUGAUCGAGCUAGUACCUAUUUGAUCUUAAAAUUGUGAGUUUUAUAUUUGAUUGAUUUCUUAAAUAACAAUUCUCCAAUUAGGUAUAAUCUAUGAGAUGAAAUGCAAUAAAUGGAAGAUUUUCAUUCCAAUAAUUUAGAAUGGCAACAUUUUGGUCAGGGAGACCUGGAUGGCUAGGUAAAUUGGGAAUAGCUUUGCUAGCAACGUGGCUGUUAAUAUUAAUUAUAUCUGUUCUACACGUUUUCAAAACAAAUUCUAUAUCAUCACAAGAUGGGACUCCUACAAAUAAAGAAAAUGCUCAACGUUUAGCACAAAUGAUUAAUGAUUUUGAAAUUAUUAAGAAACAAAAUGAUGCUUUAAAAAAUAUUAUACUAAGGGAUGGAACUAAAUCUUUACAAGGAGAUCAUUUGGGUUCAGCUCAAGAAAGAGCUGAUAGAGCUUCAAUUUAUUAUGAUCUAUUGGAUCAGCAUGUUGGAUCUAAAAAUAAUAUACCUUCUUCGGAAUACGAAGAACUGCGGCGUAAAAUAAGAAAUGAUGUACAAGAAAUGUGGUACUAUAUGAAUGCUGUAUUAACAAAAUUCAAAAAGCACAUAGACGAAUUUUCUUUUGAACAAAAAGAAAAAGAAAUUCAAGAUGCAGUAAGUAAUAUUUGGGAACAUAAAAAGUCUCUUAUUAUGGAUGUAGAUAGAUUAACGAAAGCUGACGGUCAUGAAGAAUGGCGGAAAAAAGAGGCUAAAGAAUUAUCGGAUCUUGUCCAAAGUCGAUUCAAGUAUUUACAAAAUCCUCCCGAUUGUAAUAAAGCAAAGAAGUUAGUAUGCAGUUUAAAUAAAGGCUGUGGUUUCGGUUGCCAGAUACAUCAUAUUACUUACUGUUUUUUGGUUGCCUACGGAACGGAAAGAACACUUGUAAUAAAGUCAAAAGGAUGGAGAUAUCGUAAGGAAGGUUGGGAAUCAGUUUUUAAGCCUCUUAGUGAUACAUGUUUAUCCGUAAAUGGUGUAUCUUAUGCUAAUUGGCCCGGUGAUUCUUCUAAACAAGUUAUUUCCUUGCCAAUUGUGGAUAACGUUUAUCCCAAACCUAAAUUUCAACCUCCAAGUGUACCAGCAGAUAUAGCGGAAAGGUUAAAGAAGCUUCAUGGCCAUCCAUUAGUUUGGUGGGUGGGACAAGUCUUAAAAUACUUAAUGCGACCUCAAGAUAAUAUGCAAAAAGUAUUAGAUAACGCAAAAGAGAAAUUAGGUUUUAAAAAACCAAUCGUUGGCGUUCACGUUCGUAGAACCGAUAAAGUCGGUACUGAAGCUGCAUAUCACGACAUAGAUGAGUAUAUGAUUAAAGUAGAUCAAUAUUUUGACCAACUGGAAACAAAACCAGAUGUAAGACGAGUAUUUUUGGCUAGCGACGAUCCAAAAGUAAUAACAACAGCAAGAAGUCGCUAUCCCAAUUACGAAAUUAUUGGUGAUCCUGAAAUAGCUGAGACAGCAUCAGUGUCAAAACGUUAUUCGGACUCAUCUUUACAAGGAAUUAUUAUAGAUAUACAUCUUUUGUCUUUAAGUGAUUAUCUAGUGUGUACAUUUAGUUCGCAAGUAUGCAGAGUUGCGUACGAAUUAAUGCAAACUUAUUACCCGGAUGCAUAUAAUAGAUUUUCAUCGUUGGAUGAUAUUUAUUACUACGGUGGACAAAAUUCGCAUCCUCAUAUAGUUAUUAUGGAUCAUAAACCAAGAAAAAGUGGCGAAUUGGAAUUGAAGGUUGGUGAUCUAAUCGAAGUAUAUGGAAAUCAUUGGGAUGGAUAUUCCAAAGGUUAUAAUACUAGAACUAGUAUGACAGGACUAUUCCCUAGUUUUAAAGUGAAAAAUCCUGUCGAUGCCGUUGACUUUCCAAAAUAUCCAGAUAUAAUGUUACACGAGAAUAAAGAUAAGAAAUAAGACAUUUUUCUAUUUUGCCAAUAGACAAAAAUAAUGAUGAACAAAUCAUUUCCAUUGCAUUUCAUUAACUGCUUGCAGAGAACUGUAGUUAGCUCUUUGAAUUCAAAUAUACUAUCAUAAGAAAAUAUAGUAUGACUCAUGAUGUAUAUAUUUUGCUAUUUACAAUUGAAAAGAGUCAGUUAUUAUAUAUUCUAUAUAUAUAUAUGCACGAAUUGGGAUAAAAACAAAUAGAUCAUAUUUAUAUUUAAGUGCAAUCACUGCUGCAAAUAAUUGUAUUUAUGAAAGUUAUAGAAUAUAAUUGUACGCAUUAAUAUAUUAUUACUGUAUACAAUUAUACGAUCAUUAAAGUUGACAAUAUAGAAGAAAUACAAUAAGUAAAAUACAAUUGUUUAAAAAAAAUGUUUUGACAGUAAGUAGCGUACAAAAGAAUUUGUUACUAUUUAAUUGAUAUAGAAAAGCAUGAUUGUUAAUUUCAUCAGAGUGUCUAUCUCGUUGAUUUCAUUAUUUGUUAUAUAUUAUAUAUUAAUUUUUUCUAUUGAGAAAAAGAAAAAACGUUUAUUCCAUUUCUUAUAUAUAAAAAAUUAAAAAGGAGCGAUUAUAAAAAAUGAUAGAGAAAUACAAUGUUUCGUGCAAUACGUUUAUAAAAGAUAUUAAAUCGAUGAUGUAAGAGUGAUACACUAUUGUUUAUUAAACAAAUAUCAUAUUGAACAAAAAUUUUAUCCAUGGUCAAUCCGUAUGUUGUAUAGAAUAUACUUGUAAAUAAAAUUACAUGUCAUUUUAUCUUUUUUUAUAGCAUUCUCCAACAUUAUAUCGUUUUUUAGCAAUUAACAUUAACGUAAUCAAAAUGUCGCAACAAUUUGUAUUAUUAGUGUAUCACAUGAUUUUAUAUCUCUCUUUUAUAUGCACGUAGAAAUUAUUUUUAAGAAUUAUUUUUUACAUAAACGAUAUUUUGAAACUGAUAAUAUUACAAUGAUUAAAUAGUUUAUGAAAGAAAAAAUAAAUACAUACUUAACAUUCAUGCACAUCGAGCUGAGCCAUAGAGGCCUAUUUGUAUUUAGAAUAACACGCGUACGUGUGCGCGCACAUACGAUAUAGAUAAUAUUGUAAUAUAUUUUAUAUUGUAUACUAAUUAUUAAUAACAUUUGUUACAUUAUUAUAAAAUUCAAUUUGAUUUUUAAUAAAUAUUUAAGCUGUGA